AUGAAAGCGUUAACUCGGCAACAGGCUGCAAGGUCGAUUUCAAUGUUACGUGGGAGCCACGUCACGAGGUCUCGCAAACGUGGCCCCAGCAGCUCAUACGACCUUGGCUAUGGAGAACGCGACGAUCAGAUGAAUGAAUGCAAUGCAGCCUUGGUGCUGAUGUCUCUGAGCUGCUCACCAAAUUCACCACGACCAAGCGCAUGGGGCGGUCGGUCAUCAGUGUCUCCUGGUGCAAGCAGCAGCUCCGGUUCAUCAUGGCGCUCUGGUACUCCAUCACCGCCUCCUGUCUCCUCCUCAUUCAGCGACGAAGGCAUUGCUAUGGACUAUGAAGAUCAUCAUCCACGCAAGAAAAGGGUAAAUAGCGUCGUGUUCGAAUGCACCUGGAGAGGAUGUGGUUACAUCACACACACCUGUUUUUCUAUUGAAGCACAUAUCAGACAGACUCACUUAGGGCCAAAGAAAGAAGGUGAAAGUGAUCAUGAAGAGGAGUUCUAUUACACGGAGCGUGAAGUGUCUACGCCAGCCCCGCCACCCACUUUAUCCCACCGAGACAUGUGCAGGCCUCCACAUGAAGAUCCUGAUUAUCAACGCCAGAUUGUUGGAUCUUACAGACAAGGACUUCUAUCAACUAUGCAGAACAUAUCAGCGAGGUCCAUAAGCAUUCCCGUAACGCAUUCCUGGUCUAACUCACACUCCCCGAAGCACAUGAAAAUAUCAGCAUCAGGUGCAUCCCCUAGCAGCCCGGGCCGCAGACCUCGCUCAGACAAUAAGAAGUGCAGGAAGGUGUACGGAAUGGACCAGCGGGAUCAGUGGUGCACACAGUGCAAAUGGAAGAAAGCGUGCACACGAUUUGGUGAUUAA